AUGAAAUGCACAUCGCAUUCCACCCAAGAGCAGAACAGCAAAAGAGAUUGGCUAAGGUUGAGAUACAUGGGUGGGGACAUUACCAAAUUCAAGGACAUGUUGUCUAGUUACAAGUCAACUAUUUCUAUUGCACUUGCAUAUGCGAAUCUACGCACCACAAAGACUACAAGAGCUGUUUUGGAGGAAUAUAAAAAUCUAAUUGAAAAUACGAGAUGUGACCUGGAAAAUCACUUGCAAGAUAUUCAAGAGAAACUACAAAUCGCGUGCGCUCAAGGCCCCGUGAUAGCUGGUCUCGACACAGUUGAGCUCCAAUUAAUGGAGGACGAGAAGAGUAGCACACAGAAGAGUCUCGAAAUCUGUGAACAAUUUCUCUCUCUGGUCGACCAGUCGCGGCCAACUUUAGUGGGUGAAGUGGCCAAUUCCUCGGGGCUCUUUGAUAAAGCAUCAUCCUACCGCAAACAUCAUUAUUCGUGGUUGAUCAAUGCGGAGGGACUCAAUUCUACCAGCAAGGAAAUCACGAGCUGGAAGUUACGCCUGUUGCAGCAUCUAUAUGGAGUUGAUCGAAUUGUUCAAGGACAACAGCGCUACCUGCCUUACUUGAACAACGAGCGAGAAUACGAGGAGCAAAGUUUCAGAGAAGAAUUGAGCGGCACAGAAAGACUGCUCAAUUUGUGCAAGCGGAUCGAAGAAGAAGAAGCAAAUCGACUACGAACUCACUACUUUGAAGAUGUCACCACAGGUGAUAAUAGCCGACAAGCCAUUGUCACUACUCUCGACGAUCUCAUAUCCGCCAAACGCAUCAAGUCAGGUGAUAAUUCACUUCAAGCAUUGGGCAAUAUGGCGGAUGCAAGCAUUCAAUCUCUUUUCAAUAGCGCUGUCCCCGAUGCCGGAUCAAAGAACCAGGUAAAAGGCAAGAAGAAAGAUGUAGACAGCCAUUGA